UUUGCUGGAGUGAAGGCGUUUUGACAACUUUUGUUGGUGGGUGGCAGGCUGGCAGCUAGCAGGUGACUCGAUCAACCCGACCACCACUCUUCCCUCCCUAGCCCUAGUACCUCAAUAAUUAUUUUCCAUUUUUGUUUCCUGAGCUGAGUGAAUCCUGCAGGCCUGCCUGAUAACCAGACUGCUAACGUACUGACUUUGUAGCCAUUGAUCGGUUUCUCCUAAUUUAUAGUAAUAAUAUUAUUGUGAGGAAGCUUGCCUCCGCGAUCCGGAGCUCCAGACUCGUACUCGUACGUCGCGUCCGUUUGUUGAUGGGUGCCACGUGGAAGCUCAAGUGCUACAGUGAAGUGCAUUUUGCAUUUCAAAUCUAAAAUCUAAGAAUGCCAUUGGAAGGCAGUGGCGUUAGUGAGAGAAGUGGCCUACUAGACUCCAAAGUCCGUACGCCUGACGCUCUUGAAGAUGUUCUAAACAGCAAUGACCUGAGUCACAGUGUUACUGUCAAUGGGAGCAGCGCCAGCAAUGGAAAUGAUCACACCACCACCACCACCUCCACCGAGUCCUCACAGUACUAUCGCACGUACAAAUCACGAUUUCUGGUGCUAUUCAUUUUCUCACUGACCGCCAUUCAGCAAGAUCAGAUCUGGAUCACGUUCGGAAUCAUAGCAAAACAAACGGAGGACUACUAUGAUGUAUCUUCUUCUGAAGUGGACUUGUUGGCAGCUUGGGGUCCAAUCAUGUUCAUACCCAGCAUGUUCUUCUGCUCAUGGCUGCUGGAGCGGCGCGGCAUACGCGACACCAUAUUCGUGGCCGUGCUGCUGGAGCUGAUCGGCGCGGGCGUGCGCGUCUUUGCACCGCCCGGUCGUCGCAUGUUCGGUCUGAUUCACCUCGGCCAGAUCCUGAACGGCAUUGCCGGACCGCUGAUCAUGGCACCACCGGCCAAGCUCAGCGCUGUCUGGUUUCCACCGCACCAACGCACAACUGCCACGGCCAUAGGAACCAUGGCACCGUAUGUUGGCUCGGCAGUUGCCUUCCUCUUCAUCCCGUUUCUUGCAAAUACCUAUGGCAUGCAGACCAUGCUGUUGUGGCAGUUCAUUCUUACCGGUGUCAUUGCAUUGUGCGUGGCGGUGUACUUUCCCGAGGCACCACCAACUCCACCGAGUGCAUCAUCCGAGGUGCAAAGAGUCAGCCUGAAGAAGUGCUGGUCCAAGGUGAAAGGCAACCCCACAUUCUGGAUCCUGUCUAUUUGCGGUGGAGUAACAUCGGGCGUGUUCAAUGCCUGGGCGUCAAUUCUGUCAAUCAUUCUCAAUUCUUCAGACGGCUUUACAGACUCCUCCAGCAUUCACGUGUUCUUUCGCAGUACAUCAUGGAUUGGCUUUGCCAGCUCUCUUCUGGGAAUCAUUGUCGCAUGCGUGGCUGGACCGGUGGCCGAUUUCUUCCCUGGUCGUCUCAAGCGUAUAAUCCUGUUCCUGUUUGGAUCGGCUGGCGUGCUAUACAUCUGGUUCUCGAUGGCUGUGGAAGGCUGGCUACACUUUGCCCCAGCCCUGCAGAGCACCAAGACCGUCUUUGUCACAGCAGUUCUUGGCAGUACUUUUCUCAACGCUGCAAACCCCCUUUUCUAUGAAGCCUGUGUUGAAGCAACAUAUCCCGUACCUGAAGGUAUCAGUGUAAUGGUGCUGAUCGGCUUGAACAACUUCUCCUGUCUGGUGUUUCAGGCGGCCGGCAUGGCAGGUUUCUUUGACAAGUCUCACCCUGGCCGUGCCAAGGCGAUGAACUGGCUGAUGACAGGCAUGGUGGUUGGUUGCUGGUUUCUGUCUCUGUUCUACAAAGAAGAGUAUCGUAGGAUGAAGGUGGAUGAUGCCAACGAUGACCCUUCAACUUGCAGCUUUUCAGAAAUCGACACCGAUGGCGGCGAUAGUGAACAUGCCAUUACCUCCUCCUCUUCUCCCUCCAUACAGUGAUAUGUUUUCAAUUGUGCUAACCCACGGGCCUGCACGUUCUACUCACUAAAUAACUCCAUGAUCCCUCUUGGCCAUGCACUCCAUGAUCCCUCUUGGUCAUGCAGCCCUUGCUAUAAGAUAGGUAGUGUUCUGUUUCUACACACGAUUCCUCGUGGUUGUCCAAGCUCACUUGCUAGUUUUUUUUCAAUUGAAUUAUAUUACCGUCUGUAUCCUGGAUAACGACACGACUGGCCUGUAGGCGAUCUUGUGCAUUGACUCUAUUCAAUGACCUUUCUGUGACGUCAAACUCCCGGGACCUGCUGGCAGACCCGGCGGUGUUGUAUUGUGUACUGGAAGUACUUUGGUUUGAAUCAUCGAAAUAAUAUGUUUCUAUUUUUAGAGAAUCUUCUUCAUGGUUUUUUUAAUUUAUUCCUAUUUUGAACUGGUUUUGCUCUGCUCAACGUUGCAACCUGAGUUUUCUCCUUUCGAGGUGCUUGAAUCUUCUUCGUGCUCCCGCAUUAUCUCAUCCGAGUACUGGUAAACUAGACAUUGACGAAUUUGA